GAAUUUUGAACCUCCAGGAGCCCGCCACGGGAAUGCCCUCUCCUCUCUCCCGUCGCCUCCGUCCAAUUCCUCCGUCUUUUCCCCCGAUUCCGUUCCGCAGAAGUUCGGAUUGAGACGCAGGACUCAAGCUUAUAGCGAGGAAUGUCAUCCUCACUCAAUAGCGAUUCACAAUCUCAAAACCCUACCACCAGCUUGUACAGCCGCAAGGAGAAAUCUCUCGGCGUUCUUUGCUCCAAUUUCCUGAGGCUGUACAACCGAGACGGCGUGGAUUGCAUUGGAUUGGAUCAUGCGGCGGAUCAAUUAGGUGUUGAAAGACGCCGAAUCUACGAUAUUGUUAACAUUCUCGAAAGUGUUGGGUUGCUGUCCAGAAGAGCUAAAAAUCAGUACACAUGGAAGGGUUUCACUGCAGUUCCUCCGACUCUGGAUGCACUUAAGGAGGAAGGUUUGAGAGAAAAGCUCGGUUUCCAAAAGAUUGCUAGUGUUUCAAGGGAAAAUAAUUACCAACAGACUUUAAACGCAAGCAUCACACAAGAUAACGCACAUGAAUUGGUUAAAGGAGACAACAGGAAGGAAAAAUCGUUGGCACUUCUCACACAGAACUUUGUGAAGCUUUUUCUUUGCUCCGAUGUAGAAUUCAUAUCGCUUGACAGUGCUGCAUCAGCUUUGCUUGGUAAUAUGCAUGAUCCAACUGCCAUGAGAACAAAGGUUAGGCGCCUGUAUGACAUUGCAAAUGUAUUUGCAUCCAUGAACCUCAUUGAGAAGAUUCGUCACCCAGAAAGUGGAAAACCAGCAUUCCGAUGGAUAGGACAAGUAGGAAAUCCCGGGAGUGGAUCUAGUAGUGUGGCCAACGGGAAUGGUUUGAAAAGGGCAUUUGGGGCGGACAUUACAAACACCAUGUCAAAGAGACACAAAGCUGAUUCCUCAGCAGAUGUGAAGCCAUGUGACUAUGGGCCUCAAGCAAAACAGGGUUACUUUAAGGAUGAAAACAGUAAAGUGUCGCCUGAGCGGCAUAAACAGGUUACUAAGGAUUUUGAGUUUGGUCCUUUCAGUCCCAUUAGUGUACCAAGAGAAGUUCUUGUAAACAUAAGUGGCAGUGGGCAUAUUCACAACUGGGAGAACCUGGCUUCUACAUAUCGCCCUCGGUAUUGCAACAAAGCUGCAAGUGAUCUAUUUGGUCAUUACGUUGAGGCGUGGAAUUCUUGGUAUGUUGCAGCUGAUGAGAAUAAGCAUGACCAAAUCCGUCCUGGCCCGCCUUGAUUCAUUCAUCUCCUCCUGUCAACUGCAGCUUGUACGAUCAUCAGCACAGAGUUUCCCAUGUAUUCUUUUCAUUCACACUCGAUCUUUUUGUUUUGUUUCUUGAUGUAUCUCACAUCUCAAGUACACUAUCUUCCUUUGUAUUGUCAUCAAUGAUAAGUUUUUGAUCAAUGACAGAGUUAACAAAGUUGGUCAUCUUGU